AUGAAACGAUGGAGAAGGAAGCCACGGACACUUGCACAUCCGACACCAGCCCAUUCACCAUCAAAACCUCAUCUAUCGGCUGCUUGGCUUGCCAACGACGCUGAAAUUGGCAUCACGCGCGUCUCACCUCCUUCAACAAAAAGCGAGCCUUGGAGCUACGAAAUCUCGCUGCGAUUUCCUCAGACACGCAAACUUUGGCUCGUACAACGUUCGUAUGCUGAUUUUCAGCGUUUUCACGCCGUUAUUGAAAUUGAUUUCCACGAUGUACUUGAUGCUGGUCGCAUUUAUUUGCCUAAACCAUCAAGACGUGGAUGGGAUUCGUUUCAAAUGCAGUCAACUCAACCUGCAGCUGCCGACAAGCUACGAAAACAGUUGAAUAGUUACUUGCAUAAACUUCUGGAGAUUGAUGGCGUCCAUUCUUCCGACACAUUUCGAGAUUUUAUGACACCACGAUCCGAAUCCAACGAUAGCGAAUGUGCACAGGAAGGUUACGAGAUCCAAUUAAAAGAAAGUUUAAGUUUUCGAAGGUCCUUGCGCUCAAGUAGCACUACUAGUACUCGUACAACCAGUUCUCGAGACAGCAUGGACGGACUAUUACUCGAUCUAACAACGGCAUUUCCGUGGCGAGUUCCACCACCCGCUGUUGCACCCUCAACAUGCGACAAUGUAGUGCAUUUUGGCGGCACCAUUGCUUUAACUGCUUUAGGUGGUUUGCCCGUGGGGCUGACAAAGCGUAGUGCACUUUCUGGUCCGCAAAAAGUAGCAGCAGUAGCUGCUGGAGUGGCUGGCGUAGCACUUACAGGACCGUUACCCGCCGUGCUCGCUUUAAGUGCUUUAGGAGGAGGUAUGGGCAAGCUUCAGCUCAAAAAAGCCUCAUACCUCAGUAUAUGCAAACCGUUGCGUAAUGAUAAACACGCGAAAAUUCAAUUUGUGGUUGAAAAUGGCGAACAAUUCUCUGGUCCACGUCGUGCCACGUGGUUUGGAGAUGCCAUUCACUUAUUCUGUCGCAGUAUAGGCAAAUCAAUUCGAGUUAUUGCUGCACCUAAUUCGAAGCGAGGACAUGCUAUGGCAACUGGUGGAGACUCUGACAAGACAACUGUGAGAUUUGUAUCGCCAUACGGAUACACAGGACCACUUCAGUGCGGUAGCCAGGUGUUCAUACAACUUGUAAAUGGCGAGUGGGCUGGUCAGUUUCUUGGAAUGUAUGGUGAGCUUCUUAUAGCAACGAAAACUUCUCCAGUUGUAUUUCAGUUGGAAUCAAGAAAUGCAGGAAAUGACACACAUGACUGUCCAGUUGCAAUGACAAAAUAUUCCAAAGACCUAAAUCGAUCAACGCUGGUACCAACACCGACAGUAUAUCCGUUCAAAUUGCGAAUUAUGGUGUACAAUGUUUGGCUACUGCCCAGCAUUGUUUCAUCUAUUAACGAAAAAGUGUCACCGUAUGCCCCACAACGUGCUUCAGCCAUUCCCCGCUGCCUAGCGCCAAUUGAUGUGGAUAUCGUUAUAUUCUGUGAAGCAUUUUGUAAUCUUUCUCGUGAUAAGUUGGUAUCUGGGAUGAAGUUGCACGGAUUUCCUUUUGAGACAAAAGUUGUGGGAGAUGUUUCACUUUUAGGCUCGAAAAAAGCAAUUGAUGGAGGGUGCUUUGCCAUGAGUAAAUAUCCUCUCAACAAUUGUCAAGAAAUUAUAUUUGGUAAUACAGCGUCAGGUGAAGAUCGAUAUGCUGACAAGGGUGUUGUUUACUUUCAAGUACAAGUGCCAGUUAAGGACAAUUCAGGCUUUGAUGUGACUCAAACGGUUCAUAUCUUUGGAACUCACUUACAAGCGUGGGAAACUCGAUCUGCCGUUGCUGCUAGAAAUCGCCAAUUAACUUUAAUGCGUGAAUUCGCGGAUUCGCUGCAAAUACCAGAAUACGAACCGUUACUUUUCGCAGGAGAUUUAAAUGUUAACAAGCACGCAAACGGUGCUCAAUCACCAAAUGGCGAAUACACAGAAAUGCUGAGUUUACUCAAAGUUGAUGAACCACAACUGCAGAAACAGUCUCCAAUCUACAGUUUUGAUCCGAACACAAAUAAUCUCGCGGUCGAUGGCCCAAGCUCUGGGGGUAUAGCAGAGCGUCUGGAUUAUAUUUUGCUUGAGCGUAGCCAUCGCCAACCUCUUUCUGCCUUCACAGAAAUUGUACAACUGAAAGCUACAAGACGCUGGACAUCACCUCGUGGUGUCAGUGAUGAAAUUGUUGUUGAUCUGUCCGAUCACUAUCCUGUUAUUGGAGAAUUUCAUUUUUAA